AUGGAGAGUCCCCAAGAUCAUGCGACCAUUAAACGGCCGAUUGCCGCCAUCUAUUCCAUGUCCAACGUGACCAAGUCGGAACGCUUCAUCGACGAAUGUAUCCUUCAGUUUGUCCACCAGCUCGAUCAAGAAUUCACCGGCCCAGGCAAGGCGUUACCCGUCUACCCAUGGGCGCACUUUUUUGCGUACGAUACCAUCAUGAAGAUCACCGCCUCGGUCGACUUUGGACUCGUUCGAGGUGAAGCUGAUCGAGAGGGUAUGUUCCGGGGCAUGCAUGAAGCUCAAAAAUUCCGAGCCAUGGCCGUCUGCAUGCCUUGGAUGUUCGAACUUCUCAAGAGGACCCCGUUGACUACGGUCGUGCUCAAACGGAUUGGUUCCUUCCCACGGCGAGCACGCGAGCUCAUCCAAAGCAGGAGGGCCAUGGGAGAAACAGUCACCAAAACUUAUGACCGUGAGGAUCUUCUUGAUCAGCUUCUGGAAACGAAAGAAAAGUUUCCCCAGACGGUCGAUGAGCUGGUCCUCCACGGCUACGCCACGACCCCCCUUUUCGCGGGUGGUGAGACGAUCGCUGCCACCAUCACCGCCGUAGUCUACUUUCUCGGCAAGCAUCCCUCCGUCGCUGCCACACUGCAAGACGAACUGGCAUCCUCCGGCCUCCAGAUGCCACCACUCUGGGUCGAGGUACAGAAAAUGCCCUAUCUGGACGCUGUCAUGCACGAAACCCUCCGCUGCCUUUCCCUCGGUGCCGCGCUCUCCCGUCGUGCCGUCCCAGCCGAUCGUGCAUUCAUCCUCCCGGAUGGUCGCCGAGUACCAACUGGCACGACCGUGGCCAUGUUGGGCUGGGCGACUCAAUUCAAUCAAGACAUCUACGGCACGGACGCGCAGGAGUUCCGGCCAGAGCGCUGGCUUAUAGGUUCUACGGAGACCCCAGAAGCGUAUGCGGAGCGGCUACGCAGGAUGAACAAGGCCGACAUGACCUGGGGAGCGGGUGACCGGGCCUGCUUGGGGAAGAAUAUUGCGCGGUGUGAGUUGUACAAAGUUGUGGCGACACUGUAUUCCAAGUUUGAAGUGAGUGUUUCUUUGUCGGUCUUCGCGCGCACGAGGAACUUGGACUUGAACUGCAUCGGACUGACAGUCACAUUUGCGCAGAUUCAACUGGUAGACCCGACGAAGGAAUGGACGCUCAGGGAGGCUCUGGGGGUGAAGCCAGAUGGUGUGGAGGCGAGGCUUAGUUUGAGAUCGGGUGCAAGCGUCGAUCAGCUUCGAACUUUGAGCGAAACAAGGUAA